AUGUAUGCGAAAUGGUUUGAUACAGGAAUGUUAUACUAUGUGAUUUUAGUGUAUUGAGUGAAUGUCACUUUUUGUCAUUUUCAAAUUUCCCGCCGUUCCGUCCCCUGUACAUCCCGACGCUCGCAGGGGACAGAACCCAGAUGACAGAUGCCGGCAUUCACCGGAUUACAUUGCCGGGGACACUGCAGGAGGGACAUCGCGGGAGCGCAGGACAAGGUAAGUGCAGAACAGAUCCCGGAGCAGCGCUGCAGGGUAUUCCCGAGCUUAGCUCGGGGUUACCGCUUUUGGUACUGAAAGUUAACCCCGAGCUACACUCGGAUAUACAGCCAGGGAGGUUAAUA